AACUUACUUACCUUUUUGUCAUGUAUCAUUUUGGAGCUUUACCCAACACCUCAAAUCACUCCUUUACUCAAAAACAGUCAAAAUUUUGCAAAUAUAGCAAAAGGCGGGUCUUUUAGAUUUCUCAAUACCUGAAAUCCCCCAAUUCUUUAUUCAUAAUUGAUAAAGAGAGAGAAAAUCAACACAGGGUUUGGAUCCAAAGCACCGAAAUGGGUUUCCUUCUUCCUGUUCUUCUUCUCCUUCUUCUUCAGUCGAUUUCCCAAGCACCAACUGUUUGUGGAAAUGCCGAGCUGACAGCUUUAAUGGAGAUCAAAGCUUCUCUCGACCCAAAAAACAACCAUUUGAGUUCAUGGACCGAAGAAGGUGAUCCCUGUAGUGGCUCUUUCGAGGGUGUGGCUUGUAAUGAACAUCGAAAAAUAGCCAACAUUUCCUUACAGGGAAAAGGUCUUUCAGGGACUAUUUCCCCGUCAGUGGCUAAACUUAAGUGUUUAUCUGGUCUUUACUUACAUUACAAUUCUCUCUCUGGAUACAUACCAAAGGAAAUUGCAAAUCUUACUGAAUUGGUUGAUCUUUACCUUGAUGUAAAUAAUCUUUCUGGUUCAAUACCUUCACAGAUUACUAACAUGGCUAGUCUUCAAGUGAUUCAGCUAUGCUGUAAUCAGUUGACUGGAAUCAUACCCAUAAACAUUGGAUCCAUGAAGAAGCUAAAUGUAGUUGCUUUACAAGAUAAUAAAUUGACUGGUUCAAUUCCUUCAAGCUUAGCUAACUUGGAAAUGCUUAAAAGAUUGGAUCUAAGUUUUAAUAAUUUAUCUGGUCCUAUUCCAUCAAGAUUGGCUAAUAAUAUUCAACAACCAUUGCAAGUUCUUGAUGUUAAGAACAAUACACUUUAUGGGGUCGUCCCUCCUUCUUUGAAGAGACUGCUUAACCACGGAGGGCUUCACCUUGACAACAAUCCUGGACUGUGUGGAACGGGAUUCCCAAAACUAAGAAAUUGCACUUCAUGGGAUCGCGUGAACUCUAACUCAGACCAACCAGACGAUCCUAUUGCAGGCUACACAGGUUCCGAAAGUAUUAUCCAACCACCAAAUUUUCAUCCUAAAGGAUCUUCCCAAGUUUCGCAAUUUGUAAUUAUCACAGGCGUCACUGCGAUUACUGUCUCGUUAGUAGUAGCCAGUUUUCUUGUUUUCCUCAAAUUCCGAAGGGAGAAACAGAAGAUUGGUAGUACUUUCGACAUUUCUGAGGAUGAACGGAUCAGUUCUGAUCAGGGUAAAGAGUUAUCUAGAAUGCAGCCCAGUUCAGAAGAUGGAGGAGUUAAGUUUAAUCUGGAAGAAGUCGAAUCAGCAACUCAGUAUUUCUCAGACAUAAAUUUAUUGGGGAAAUCGAGUUUCUCAGCUGUUUACAAGGGUAUACUGAAAAAUGGAUCGAAUGUGGCGAUUAAGAGUAUUAAUACUACAUCAUUUUUGUCAGAUGAGACAGAGUUCGUGAAAGGUAUAACCUUGUUGACAUCUCUAAGACAUGAAAACCUGGUUAGGCUGAGAGGCUUCUGCUAUUCGAAGGGCAGAGGAGAGUGCUUUCUUAUAUACGAUUUCGCCACUAAAGGAAGUCUGUCGCAAUAUCUUGAUGUGGAAGAAGGGAGCAGUGACGUUCUUGAUUGGCUUACUAGGGUUCAUAUAAUCAAUGGAAUUGCCAAAGGACUCGGGUAUUUGCAUAAUAAGUCGGGCAUAGUCCACCAAAACAUCUCUGUUGAAAAGGUCCUAAUCGAUGGGAGCUUUAAUCCACUGAUAAUGGAUUCUGGUCUACUCAAGCUUCUAGCCGACGAUGUAAUCUUUUCGGCUCUCAAGGCCAGUGCUGCUCUUGGAUAUAUGGCUCCUGAGUAUAUAACUACAGGACGUUUUACAGAGAGCAGUGAUGUUUAUGCUUUCGGGGUCAUUAUCCUUCAGAUUCUUUCUGGUAAAAGUAAACUCACCAACAUGAUGCGCGUUGCAGCUGAAUCGAGCAGAUUGGAAGACUUUAUUGAUCCAACUCUUAAAACCAGUUUACUUUUGAAUUCCGAAGCUGCUAAACUAACUGAAAUUGCUCUAUCCUGCACUCAUGAGAUUCCUGACCAAAGACCAAGUAUGGAUUUUGUGCUUCAAGAGCUUUCUCGAUGAUCUAUUCAUUACCCAUGCAUGAAGAUCGACUGCUAUGGCUCAAUGGAUGACAGUAUCUUGAUCACAGUGCUUAAGUAAGCAUGUUGGUUCGAUGUUUGAAGGAAUGAAGACUGUAAAUACUGAAACAGGUUCAUUCAAUGAUCUGUCAUCCUCCAGGUCCAGGAUCAAGAAAGGCACAAGAACCAGCUAAGUAGUUUGAUCAUGAUCUAUUAUAUGGCUUUUUAGAAGUUUAUUUUUUCCUUUUUGUUUUGAUUCCUGAAAUGGUGUGAGAAUAGUUUCCUGUAAAUUAGAUGUAAGCCAAAGCCUAGUGAAAGUUGGAUUGAAGUUGAAAUAAGGGUCUAAUUGGCCACUUUGAACCA